AUGUACGCUCAGCGCAGUCUUCUUCGCCUGCCCCAGCAGCUGCGUGCUGCUCCGGUCCGCGCCGCCGUCCAGCGCCGCCUCAACCACACCGAGUCCAAGCUCCCCUCCUGGGCUGUCGACAACGAGUUCAACCGCGAGAGAGAGGCCGUCAAGCACCACGCUGCUGCUACCAGUGACCUCUGGCGCAAGCUCUCCAUCUACGCUGUCGUCCCCGUCGUGAUCCUCGGCGGUCUCAACGCCUACAACCUCUGGGAGGAGCACUGGGAGCACUGGGACCACAUGCCUCCUCUUGAGGAGCGCACCGAGUACCCCUACCAGAACAUCCGUGUCAAGAACUUCCCCUGGGGUGACGGUGACAAGACCAUCUUCUGGAACUCCAGCGUCAACUACCACAACAAGGACAAGGCCACCUAAAUGGUCCCGUGGUCAAAUGACGGACUAAUCAGUUUCCUUGUUGGGACUUAUAUCCGAG